AUGCUGUUGGCUAGCUUUUUACACCUAAUAGCGGGACUGGCAUUGCUCUUAUUUACUGUUCACUACAUUUACUACAUUGUGACCGCCCUGCAGCGUGCCUCCGGCAGCCAAAUGCAAUCUGAGGAUGCAAAAUACAUCAAAAAGAGAUGGAAGGGCGGUACCAUCGAGCCACAUCCCACGGAAAAGGCGUUGAUAGUGAACUACAAACUGGAAGCAGCCGUGUUUGGCGAACCGGGGGAUCCUAUGUUAGAGGAUAAAAAGGAUUGUCAGCGAAUUAUACGUCUCAAGUCACUGAACAGUAAAACCGACCCUGCCGUACUUGCACGAGAGGUGGUGGAAAAAUGUGACCUCAUACACAAGUCGCAGCUAUCAGAUAUCGAGCAAAUCAUCUACUAUCUGAAGAACCGAAAGAAUGUAGAAACCCCAGUUGUGGCAACCGGUAACCCACGAUCCGUGUCUCGAAUAUCUGGCAAAUCCAGCCCAAUCAUGGAAGCGGAAAAAGCAUCCAUUCGGAACAUUGACGACUACAUUGAAUUGCUGUAUGAGGAUCUGCCUGAGAAAGUUAAAGGUUCCCGGUUGAUAUUGCAGUUAGCUCGCGAUCCGGAUAACCUAGAAGAGCUGGAAAAGAACGAGGCUGUUCUGAGUGCACUCUCUCGCGUGCUGCGAGAAGAUUGGCGUCGUUCUUUGGAUCUGUCGACAAACAUCAUUUACAUCUUCUUCUGCUUUUCAACCUACACAAAUUUCCACUCGGUGAUCGUAAACUACAAGAUCGGUUCCCUGUGCAUGGACGUGAUCGAUUACGAGUUGCGUCGCUACGAUCAAAUGAAGCACGAUUUGGACACACGCAAAAACACACCGGCUGGAUCGGCCGGCACCAGUGCGAAGGAAAAAGAACCCGAGGCGAACAACGGCAGAAGCAGCAUCGAGCAUCUUGACACCAUCAUCAAUCAGGAAAAGCCGAAAGAAAUGGAACCACCGAGGAGACGCAUCCCGGAGUUGAAGCAACGACCCAAGUCCGGCAACUGGGGCAGCUACCACAGUGGUACGGGUGGACCGGUGCUCAAUUCAUCGCUCAUCAAGGCGCACUCGAUGAACAACAGCUACCACGAGCAGCUGUCGAAGGAAUCUAGUCCCGUAAAUCAGCCGCUUAACAUGUCAACGAUUAGCUCCACCUCGACGGAAAGCAUGAGUGCGAGCGGUUUGAACACGACGUCACCUUCCGCCGGACCGGAAGGAGUCGGUAGCGAAAAACCGGAUCCGAAAAAGCAAAAGGACGACUACGAUAAGGUGAACAAGCAGUUCAAACUGUUCGUUCGCAAACAAGAGCAGCUGCUGCGGGUUGCCUUUUAUCUUCUUCUGAACAUUGCCGAAAACGUGAAGCUGGAGGAAAAAAUGCGCAAGAAAAACAUAGUCAAGAUGCUGCUGAAAGCGCUUGAGCGGCAGAACUUCGAUCUGCUCGUGCUGGUCGUGACGUUCCUGAAGAAGUUAUCGAUCGUGCUCGACAAUAAGGAGGAAAUGUACGAGCUCAACAUUGUCGAGAAGCUACCGAGACUGCUCCAGUCGCAAAAGGAUCUGGUUCAGAUGACGCUGAAGCUGCUGUUCAACCUUUCGUUCGACGCUCGACUGCGUGCGAAAAUGAUACGCGUCGGCCUGCUGCCGAAGCUCGUGACGUUCCUCAGCGACGACAAGCAUCACGGUAUUGUCACGAAAAUACUGUACCACAUGAGUCUGGACGACAAAAUCAAGUCAAUGUUCACGUACACCGACUGCGUGCCGGUGGUCGUCGAUAUGUUACUACUGAACCUCAACCAGAAAUCCGACCCAGAUCUGAUCGCACUUGGGAUAAACCUAGCGCUCAAUCGUCGCAAUGCGGCUAUCAUGAUUGAAAACAAUCGACUGCACAAUCUGAUGUCGCGUGCGUUCAAAUUUCAGGACACACUCAUCAUGAAAAUGAUACGCAAUAUUUCAUUGCAUGAUAGUCUUCGGAUGCACUUUGUAGACUUCGUAGGUGAUCUAGCGAAGAUUUUGACGGAGUGUGAUGACGAAGAAUUUUCCGUUGAAUGCCUAGGAAUACUAGGCAACCUUGCUCUGGCCGACCUAGAUUAUUCACAAAUCAUUCAUAACUUCAAUCUCAUUCCGCUGAUCCGUAAUAUGCUUGUACCAGGAAAGUACAAGGACGAUCUGGUGCUAGAGAUGGUCGUUUUCCUAGGAACAUGCGCGUCCGACGAAUCGUGCGCUAUGCUGCUUUGCAAAGCCGACGCGAUUCUAUCGCUGAUUGAGCUGCUGAAGGCGAAGCAAGAGGACGAUGAGAUGGUACUGCAGAUUGUGUUUGUAUUCCAGCAGGUUUUGCGACACGAAAGUACGCGCUGCUACAUGAUCAAGGAGACGGAAUCGCCGGCCUACCUGAUCGAUCUGAUGCACGACAAGAAUGCCGAAAUACGGAAAGUGUGCGACUUUUGCCUUGAUAUCAUUGCAAUUACGGACAGCGAAUGGGCAUCGCGAAUAACGCUGGAGAAAUUCCGUAAUCAUAACAGCCAGUGGCUGAGUAUGGUUGAUUCUCAAGAGGAUGUGGAUGAUAUCAAGACUUACGGUCCGAUAGAGGAAGAAGAAGGAGAUUUGCCGGCAUACCUAACUUCAGAGUAUCUCGAUCAGCUUUACCUUUCCGGUGGGGACUCCAACGAUGAUGCUGACUGCAAUAAGAUGCGAUCCGGGUCUGCGAUGUCCAACUAUAGUCGCCCAGUUAGCCGCUACAGUCGUGAUUUAGAAGAUUUAGAAAUGAUUAAUUGAACGAACAGUAAUAUAUCGUACCGAUGAUGGCUUCAAGUACAUGUGGAAAUGUAGUCAGGAUUUUCAAGCAAAUAUUUCUGCUGAUUUUUGUUUCAAUAAUGCUCCUCAUUGUUAUUAAACUGCGUUCCAAAACUACGAGUUUACCAAAAUGUUUGCCAACAAUAUGGUGUACUGUAGGCCUGUACAACCAUCUGCAACCAACUCAAUUCUUCUGGAAGGAUAGGUAAGAAGUGAUCGUUAUUACCAAACGCACAAAUUUGCCGGCUAGCUAUUCAACAUUUUACAUACGUCCUUAUAAUGCUACAAAUUGAAAAACGUAUGAUGUGUAAUCAACUUCUACCAUUUGAUAAACUACUAAGCAAACGUAUCAAUACUAUCUAUCCCCAGUUGGAUCGUUGGGAGCGCUUCUCAUUUCAUUCAUCUUUACCUGUUGAUUUUUGAACUUGUUUUGUUUUCUCAGUGAAAUAUCUAGUCAAUGAAUGGUUUUGUUAGUAGACUGGUCUGUGCAAUGGAAGUAUUAACUGUAGGAUCUACAGACGAAAACAUUCUUUACUUUUCUUUUUCGUGAAUCGUUGUUUUCCCUUUGGUUAUUGCUUAAAUUGAUGGCAUGUUAGAGGAAACUAGUUCUCGGCAAUUGCCAAUCGCGUAUUUAUGAAAAGAACAUUGUAAUUGCUUGAGAUCAAAUGCAUAUGUAAAAUAUAUUUGAAUGCCGCUAAAAGCUGAUUAAGGUUCG